UAUUUCCAAGCACCUGCCACUCUAGUCACCAUGGCCGAAAUUCGCCGCAAGCUCGUCAUUGUCGGCGAUGGUGCCUGCGGUAAAACCUGUUUGUUGAUUGUUUUCUCCAAGGGCACCUUCCCCGAGGUCUACGUUCCCACUGUUUUCGAGAACUACGUCGCCGAUGUUGAGGUCGAUGGAAAGCACGUCGAGCUGGCCCUAUGGGAUACGGCUGGUCAGGAAGACUACGACCGGCUCCGGCCCUUGUCUUACCCCGACUCCCACGUCAUCCUCAUCUGCUUCGCCGUCGAUUCUCCCGAUUCGCUCGACAACGUUCAAGAGAAGUGGAUUUCCGAGGUCCUGCACUUCUGCCAGGGUCUUCCCAUCAUUCUCGUCGGCUGCAAGAAGGAUCUCCGCUACGACGCCAAGACCAUCGAGGAGCUGCGCAAGACGAGCCAGAAGCCUGUGUCUCCCGAGGAGGGUGAGGAGGUUCGCAAGAAGAUCGGUGCCUACAAGUACCUCGAGUGCUCGGCCAAGACAAACGAAGGCGUUCGUGAGGUUUUCGAACACGCCACCCGCGCCGCUCUGCUAUCGCGUAGCCGGGGCAGCGGCAAGAAGCACAAGUGCAACCUGCUCUAAAGCCAGGGUAGCAAUGCCGCUGUUUUCUUGCCUCCGCGUUUCCUGAAACACAAACCCUCCGCGUGCUUUUUGUCUGACGGGACCUCGAAUCCCUUCCCCCACCUCCUCUUGUACUCUCGACCUUGGUUCCCCCAACCAAUCCAACCCAACCCAAACGAAUAUUAUUUUUCUUUUUUUCCCACCCCAACCUGUUUCGGAUGAAGCCAGGGUCUGCGGCGGCUUUGGGAGGGCAAGGCUAUAUCCACCUGCAUAGGUUCUCGGAAUUUGGAGUUUUUGAUCGCUAUUGUCUCUUGUCAUCGCCAAAGAGCCUUGUACACGCACG